UACAUGCAUGUUGUUGUUGUUUUGUUUUUAGACAUUAUUUUGUAGCUACGGCCUCUGAACAACAUUUUGUACGACCACCUCUUUAGAGACAGAUCACAGAAUAUGGACUGUUGAUUUAAAACGUUAUAAUUUUGAUACAUUGAUUUAAAACGUUCUUAUUUUGUUAUGUUGAUUUAAAACGUUAUAAUUUUGUUAUGUUUCCGAGUUAUUGUGAUAUAAACGCCGGCGGUCUGCGAGCCAGUGUGACAGUGUCGAUAUUUUAAGAAUUUACAUAACCGACGAACUUGAGUAUUCCGUGAUGGACCCAAACAGGGCGGGUCCAGUGGUACUUGACACCCUUUCUAAAGCGUGCAGCCAACAGGCAGAUGUCCUGAAACCAGCAGAACAGCAAUUACAUCACUGGGAAACACAACCAGGUUUCUAUUCCAUCUUGGCUACAAUUUUCUGCAAACACGAGAUAGAUGUGAAUGUCCGUUGGCUUGCUGCCUUGUACUGUAAGAAUGGCGUGGAGAGAUACUGGAGAAAGACAGCACCUAAUGCUAUGUCUGAGGAAGAGAAGAGUGCUAUAAGAAAGCAGUUGCUGUCAAACUUCAAUGAACCUGUGCCACAAGUGGCUCUUCAAGUGGCCGUGCUCGUUGCCAAGGUUGCCCGGGUGGACUGCCCACGGAACUGGCCCGAGUUAAUACCCACAAUGCUCGAGGCUGUUCGAUGCGAUGACCAGCUGAUCCAGGAGAGGGCGCUACUCGUGCUGCACCAUGUCACAAAGACGUUAGCGUCUAGACGUCUUCCUUCGGACAAAAAAGUCUUUGAAAGUUUAACCCAUGAAGUGUUUGGUUUUAUACUGAAUCUCUGGAACAGCAAUUUGGCACACUUCUUGCAGCUGGCUUCAGUCCACGACGAAGGGAUGAGCACAGCACUCGAUCGCUGCAGCCUUGUACUAAAAAUUCUGAGAAAGCAGAUUGGAUAUGGAUUCCGAGAUCUCGAGACCCACCCGGACUCUGUUAGUUUUCUCCGCUCCUUAUUUCCACAUCUGGAAGCCAUGCUAGACUGCAGAAGAAGUUUAUGGGGUCAUCAUGCCAUUGUGGACAAGUGUGAACAUGUGAUUGUUACACAGACGAAAGUGCUCCUCGAUAUUUUGGAAAUGCAUGCAUCAUCAUUUGUUAGCUUCUUAAAGACAACGCUAGAGUUCGUAGUCAGAUAUAAUUUUACAGAAAAAGGUCUGUUGUUUGAGCGGUUUGCAGUGAACUGUUUUAACGUCAUGAAGGCUAUUCUAUUCAGCGAUACUUACAAACUGUCCAAGAACACACAGAUUGAAUCGUCCAGUGCCGUGAGUACAGAGGCACAGAAGAUCCUCACGGAAUUCUUCACGUUCGACACGCUUUCUGAAAUCUGUCGCCGACUGGUAACUCAGUACUUCCUGUUGACAACCGACGACCUCACCACAUGGGAUGCAGAUCCCGAAGAUUUCUGUCAAGAUGAGGGUGGAGAUUCAUACAAGUAUUCUUUGCGGCCCUGCACUGAGGUGUUAUUCCUCACCAUCUUCAAAGCAUUCCGACUGUCUCUCACCCCUGUCCUGUUGGAGUUGGUUCGGUUCAUCCAAGCACCAUGUGAUCCGGAAGAUUUUGCCACUGUCUUGAAGAAAGAUGCAGUGUAUAAUGCUAUAGGCCUGGCUGCGUUUGACCUGUUUGACGAGAUAGACUUUGAUCAGUGGUACACGACAAGCCUACUGCAGGAGCUUCAAGUGAAAGACGUCAACUACCGCAUUGUCCGUAAGCGAGUGAUCUGGUUGGUUGGUCAGUGGGUCGGAGUUAAGAUGUCCGUGAGUCUUCGACCGUCCCUAUAUGAAGCAAUCAUCUCGCUGUUAGACAAACAGGAAGACCUGGCGGUUCGUCUGGAAGCGGCUGCCUGUCUUAAAACAACCAUUGAUGACUUUGAGUUCAAGACUGACCAGUUGUUGCCUUAUGUUGAACCUCUGUUUCACCUCCUGUUUGAACUGCUGAAAGAAGUGAGAGAAUGUGAUACGAAGAUGCACGUCCUCCACGUGUUUUCAUUCGUCAUUGAGAGGAUGGGCCGCGAGAUUCGUCCGUACACGGCGGCGUUAGUCGAGUAUCUGCCACUGCUGUGGCAAGAGUCUUCCCACCACAACAUGUUACGGUGUUCCAUCCUCACCACCCUCAUCCACCUAGUCCAGAGUUUUGGUUCAGCGUGUACGAACUUCUAUGACUUCCUUAUUCCUGUGAUCGAGCUGAGCACGGACAUCACUCAGGACCCACACGUUUACCUCAUGGAGGAUGGCCUUGACCUCUGGCUCAUCACCUUACACUACUCUCCGACCGUCACAGAAAACCUGCUAAAACUCUUCACCAAUAUUCCACCUGUGCUAGACCUUGGAACAGAAAAUCUGAGAGUUUGUUUAAAACUUAUUGAAGCCUACCUCCUAUUGUGUCCUCAGGAAUUCAUGCAGCUGUAUUCCAGUAUACUGGCAGUGUCGUUGUCAAGCAUGAUCACAAACCUGCAGACCGAUGGACAACUUCUGGUGUUGAGGGUGAUUGAGCUGGUGUUCAAGGUGUUUCCCACUGAAGGCCCACAGGUGUUCUCGUGUUUCCUGCCUGCCAUGUGGAAAAACCUGGUCGAUGAUGAGGACAGCACUCCAGUAAUAUCAUUGUAUCUGUGCCUGUUUGCGAGAAUUCUGCUGCAGCACCGAGACUUCCUGUGGUCGUUUCUCGAGAAGACAGCAUCAGACACAUCAAAAUCUUUUAAUCAGCUUCUCAGUCUCCUCCUGGACACGUGGCUUGACAAAAUCGACAGUGUCACCCAGCCGGACAGACGAAAGGUUAUCGCCAUGGCUGUAGCCUCGCUCCUCACCACCAACAGCAGCACCAUGUUGGAAAGAUUUCCUACAAUCAUCAACUUGUGUGUUGAGGUUCUCCAUGAUGUGUGCCGGCCUGGGGACUUGCAGUCACAAAUAGAUAUGGUAUUUUUCAGUUCACUUGUCAUAACGGACGACGAAAUCGUUGAAGUGGAAAGCAGGGAGGAGCUGGAGCAUGACAAGAGAAAAAGAAUGCUUGCCAGAAAGGACCCUGUGCACACGGUUUCCCUGAAGGACUACGUGAUGUCGCAGCUCAAGCAGUGUCAGCAGGCUCACGGUCAAGCCGUGUUCGGUCGGCUCAUGGACCAGGUGGAUCCUGACAUCCUCUCUCAGCUCCAGCAGUUCAGUGUCUGACACACGCACAAUGUGGAGGCAAAUGGAAGGGGAUGGAUGUGGAGGCAAAUGGAAGGGGUUGGAUGUGGAGGCAAAUGGAAGGGGGUGGAUGUGGAGCAAUCUAAUUAAAAUUAGCUCCACUAUUACAUGUGGAUCUAACAGCAGCCCAUUGGAGCUCAUAUCCAGUUGACCUUUCAUUUGACCAAUCAAAACCUUACUUGCAAAAUCAUGCCAGU